CAGUCGUACGGCGCCGAGCACUGGCAGCAGCUCGCUGACAUGGCGAAGAUGCUCGCGCUCCUGAUGCCCCUGUGCGCCUUCUUCCUCCUCCUCGGAGGGCCGCCGUCGGUGGCCGCGGCUCAAUGGACACCCGCCUUCGCCACCUUCUACGGCGGCAGCGACGCCUCCGGCACCAUGGGCGGCGCGUGCGGGUACGGCAACCUGUACAGCGCGGGGUACGGGACGCGCACGGCGGCGCUGAGCACGGCGCUCUUCAACGGCGGCGCCAUGUGCGGCGCCUGCUUCGCCAUCGCCUGCGACGCCACGCGGACCCGGUACUGCCGGCCGGGCGCCGCCCCCAUCACGGUCACGGCCACCAACCUCUGCCCGCCCAACUGGGCGCUGUCCGGCGACCGCGGUGGCUGGUGCAACCCGCCGCGCCGGCACUUCGACAUGUCGCAGCCGGCGUGGGAGUCCAUCGCCGUGUACCGCGCCGGGAUCGUGCCCGUGAGCUACCGCCGCGUGCCGUGCCGGCGAGCCGGCGGCGUCCGGUUCACCGUCGGCGGGCACAGCUACUUCGAGCUGGUCAACGUGGCCAACGUGGGCGGCAGCGGCGUGGUGGCGCAGGCCUGGAUCCGGGGCGCCCGGACGGGCUGGAUGGCCAUGGCCCGGAACUGGGGCGCCAACUGGCAGAGCAGCGCCUACCUCAACGGGCAGAGCCUCUCGUUCCGGCUCCGCUCCGACGACGGCCGCGUCGUCACGGCCAACGACGUCGCCCCCGCCGGGUGGUGGUUCGGCGGCACCUACACGUCCAAUGCCCAGUUCUACUGACGGCCUGGCGGCCUGCUGACGUUGAUGAUAGCCGGCUCUGAUGUUGUGCUCUUUUCUGCUGUCUCACCUUUUUUUUUUCUUUUGUUCCGUGUCGUAAAAAUGUGCUGAUCAGGUAUACGUCGAGUCGAAGAGGCAUAGUAUCAAAAAAAAGGCUGACCACGCAAUGCAUACCGUACAAUUUUUAUGUACCUCUCAUUACUUUUC